GACGCCAUUAAUGUCUGAGUUGUGGUUGUGUAAUUUGAUUAAUCGAGCGUCAUCGAAGCUACAGUUGUGAGUUUCUGCAGGUAUUUGUAACUGGAACCUUCAUUAAUAUCCCCGGCUGAAGAAUAGCAACAGAAAAUUUUACAAAUCACUAGAAUAAAGUUGUGGCGAUGUAAAAUGACUGAGGCGUCGUAAUGGCGGGUCACCCAAGGAGUGUGUGUGUGUGGAGGAGUUGGUUCAACGUAUUCGUGGUCCCAUUGAUGGAGAAGAUCCACUAGUGGUGGAGCUGGUGAGGGAGAAACACCUCCAACAACCUUCCCACCUCCCCUACAACCUCUCCACAGUGCCCAUGUACCAGUUAAGAAAGCGGUUAGACUCCUGGGGUUACAUUCACAGCUUCGUGAGUACAUUGUUUGAGGGUUACUAUGGUGGCGUGUUUGUGGAGUCUGGAGCACUGGAUGGGGAGUACCUCUCCAACACACUGUGGCUGGAACAAGAACUAUCCUGGACCGGCUUGCUAGUCGAGCCAGACCCUGAUAGUUACCGUCAACUGACCUUCAAGCAUCGCAAAGCCUGGUCUAGCAACACCUGUCUGUCCAGGACUACCUACCCUCAUGAGAGCAUCCACGUAGGCCUACGCCUAAAUGGGGACUACAUAGGCAAUAUAUGGGACUACAGAGGCUCGUCCCAUUUACAAGGGGUCACACUGGAACCCAUUUUCGACAGUUUCUUAAGUAAAUCUCAAGAAUCCUACCACAGUGUCCAGUGUUUCCCUCUUGUGACAUAUCUUAGAGCACUCAACAUGACUAGUGUUGACUUGCUAGUGUUAGACAUGCAAGGUGUUGAGAAAGACGUGUUGAUGGCGCUAUUUACUACCCCUCUUGACAUCAUAAUCAGGGUCAUAGUAGUGGAAAUAACAUCUAAACGUCCUGAUCCAGACUUUGAAGGUGUGAUGACCAGGGCAGGAUAUAACUGUGUCAACUCUGACACACAGGGGUUAGAUAGACUGUACAUCAGGAAGAACGACCCCAUCUACAACAAACUGAAGAUGUACGUCAGUUUAGAUGAAACUACAACAUCUGACACAAUAUCACCAGGUGGUAAUUAUUAAUAAAACUCUUAUGCCGCUAAUAAAGAGAGAGACAGAAGAAGAUUGACAGACUUUUCUCCUAUCAUCACUAUAAUAUACAGCAAC